CCGGAUAGACCAAGUCAGGUGGAUCGUUCUGACUCGUGAGCGAACUUAACAGGCCUAUUUUAUAGACCUAUCGCGUCUCGGACCGAUAGACUUAGCACAUAUACAUUCAUCUGGAUGGACGGAGAUUGAUGUGUGGGGUCGAAUCUAGUCGGUUUCCAGUCAGACUUCCAGAGCUCAGGGUCAAGAUGUUGGACGACGACCGGAAAAAAGCGAACUCGGUUCUAUAGACAUUGUGAAGGGGCAGUUGUCAUUGAGACUGGAGAUGGUCUGUGGGUGACUUGGCAAAGACAAUCCUGAUUAAAUGACUCUGUUAAUGUGAAUCUGAGGCUGACAGCAAAAGGUUUUAACGUUGACAUAACUCUGUUUUAUAGAGCAGGACAGAAAAAAAAGUAUAGACUCUGUGGUUCAGUUUUUAGAGACCUACGAAAAUAUCGACCAUUAUGCAGGUCCUCAGGGUGGCAGCUCAGUUAUGGCUAGCGUUGGGAGUAUUUCUUGCUUCAGCAAGCUCAGGCACCCCAAUGAGUCCUCCAGACAUAUCAGGAGAGGAAGCAGACAUUGAAGAUUGGAGAUGGCGAUCUAGAGAGAUUGUCGAGAUGUCAAGGACUUCUUCCCCUUCAGCGCCAUCUGGAGCUGAUGAAGAGGAGGCUAGUACUCACCGAGAGGGCAAAACGGCAGAGAGCCGAAGCAUCUUAACAACGCUGCUCUCCCCUUUUGUAGGCAGUCGCACGCGUGGCAGCCAAAAGGGCUCUCACAAGAGUCGCGAACAAGGCACCCCAGGUCGACGGCCAGUCCAGGCCUACCAGCAAGUUCGCUUCGUGUCGUCGGCAUCUCCAAGAUUUCGCCCCAAAGGUGUCAGGGGACGCGUCCCGGUUCCAUCUCAACAGCCCCACGUCUUUCAGCCGAUUUCUUCUUCGCCCGUUGGCAUCAGCUUCCCAGCUAUUAGAGACAACGCCAAUGGCCAGGGUGCUCAGAAUGCUAACAGUCUGACAUAUAGAAACAGCCACUUUCAAAACAUUACAAAACUAAACAAUGGCAGUAAACUGAACUAUAUUGCAAAAAUAAGAGAGCAAAGUCCUGCCUCAGUUAUUUCUCUUCACCCAUUUACUUUUCCCCCUUCUACAAAUUCUAUAUAUUCACCGAAUCACUUACGUUCAUCUCCACAACACAUUUCUUACUCGCCAUCUGCUCUCAUUCCAAAUGCACACUCUUCCUUACUAGUUAAUUCUGGCAAUCAAAAUCGACCUUUCCUGGCACCAGCACCCAGCAUCAGAUUUUCACACAACAGUCAAGAAUCUCCUGAAAUUCAACCAUUUGAAAACCCUCCUGGCAACAGUGGAAACUCACUCUUUAACAACAGGCCAUCAGAGGAAAGUCCUGUAAAUGGGUUUGUUAGUUCACAGAAUGCAAAUGAUAUCACUUCAAAUAUCAAUAUAGAUAACCAGUUUCUAAAAUCAUUUAGUUCAUCACAAAUUUCUUUUGGUCCUGACAAUAGCUUCUUCCUCACUGGAAACCUAUCUGAGAUCACUGGCCAUGAGGAAUCAACAGAAAAACAGAGAGAAUUACAAAGUUUUUCUGCAGAACACCUGACGCACCAGAGGCCAACUAAUCCUACACCAACAAAAAUAACAACUUUAGGUAACACAAACCCAGUUGCAUCUCAAAACAUCCAUGCAAUCACAACAACUGAGCCAACCAUCAUCUUCAUAACUGGAGCUCCCACUCCUUACGAGAUCGAACACUUGACCGGUCUCUCAACUAUACCGACAGGAAUAUCACCCAUUCCAUUUCAGCAGGAAAUAUCACCCCAUUUCGCACUGCAAACCUUUCAGGCACCACUCUCUCACUCACAGGCAACACCAAUACCAAAGGCAUCUCAUCAAGAACAAACAACACCGUUAAUCCAGUAUCAGACACUGACGACUUCAGAACCUUUAAGGGAGUUGCUGAAUACAUUAGCGCCAAUACAAAAGCAGCUGUUAAGCCUAGCACCCAAACAUAGGUAUCAAACUACAUCCCCUAAGCAAUAUCACACCAAGGCUCAAGUAACACCCUACUGGAAACUUUUAACCACUCAGCCACAACACAGAACACAGCCAACAGUGUCCACAACCCAAGUGCAGAUCGGCCAGGACUCACUGGUCGAAGAUCGUCAGCAAGGAACAGCAUCAAUACAAAGUGGCUCCAAAGACGACAACAGUCUUACUUCGUUGAAUCAAAAUCAGCUAAAUUCUAAUGUAAAUGUCAUUCAUGGAUCAUCACAAGAUAAUACUGAAGGUUUCAUUCCCUUUAACGACAGUAAUGAAUUCUUCAGUCAUAUAUUUGGGGAUACAAAUCCAUUUGGGACCAAGAUCAUAACUGAGGUACCAAGUAACAUAACUUCAAUAUCAGGGCCUUCACCCAGAACAGAUUUCAACAGCGCACAUCAGCAAAAUCAACAACAGCCACUGACUCGGCCAGUGCCAUUUGUGAACCGACCUACUCAACAUGCAACUGUUCCAAGCACCGCCUCUCCAGCUAAUGAGCCAACGACACAAACAUUUACUCCCGAGAUCGUCUAUACAUCUCAGCCUUUAAUCCAACAAUCGUUUUUCACAAACCAGUCUCCUACAACCAGUUGGCCUUCAGCACCCUUCAGCAGUCCUACAAACCAGACUCCUAUAAACAGUUGGCCUUCAGCACAUUUCAGCAGUCCUACAAACCAGUCUCCUACAACCAGUUGGCCUUCAGUACCCUUCAGCAGUCCUACAGACCAGACUCCUACAAACAGUUGGCCUUCAGCACCUUCCAGCAGUCCUACAAACCAGUCUCCUACAAACAGUUGGCCUUCAGCACCUCUCGGCAGUCCUACAAACCAGACUCCUACAAACGGUUGGCCUUCACCACCUUUCAGCAGUCCUACAAACGAGACUCCUACAAACAGUUGGCCUUCAGCACCUUUCAACAGUCCUACAACCCAGUCUCCUACAAGCAGUUGGCCUUCAGCACCUUCCAGUAGUCCUACAAUCCAGUCUCCUACAAGCAGUUGGCCUUCAGCACCUUCCAGUAGUCCUACAAUCCAGUCUCCUAUAAGCAGUUGGCCUUCAGCACCAGCACCUUUCAGAGGUUCUGCAUCAGUAUUUGUGUCAUCUGACGAGAAAGAUCCUGAGUCGGGCACCAGUCAAUCCCCUUUAAUAUUUUCUGGCGGAUGGAGUCAUUUGGAAGGGGAACAUUCAACAACAGAGGCUCAGAUUCAUGCAAAUCUACAGAGUGGUGCCCUAAAUACAGACACCCCUUUAAGAGCAGCUGAGCCUUUCACAGUGGCAGAAGGAGGUGAAAACCCCUACACUACACUAAAUCCAGUACAGACCUUCCAAGAUCCAGGGUCGCCACACGUAGCUUCACAGACAAACGCACCGUUCCAAGAGGAGGACGACACCCCACCUACGAUCACGGCUACGACUACUAUCGACGACAAAGAAUUCGAGGUACUCGUCCUGCCCUACGAGAAGGAAGAGGCCGAUGGGGGCGUCAAGGAUACGCAGGAUAUCACGCAGGAAUCCUCCUCGAUAGCCCUUGCCCCAGCUUCCGCUCACCGUGCGUCCUUCAACCCAGGGAUACCGCUCAAGCCGACGGAGGAAGAGGUCUCAGUGUACCUGGUCAGACAUCGCAAGCCGGCUACCGUCAGCGGAGGAUCUCCAACACCACCAACUUCUCCAACACCACCACCACCAGCUUCUCCAACGCUAUCUCCGACACAGCCAAACGUCACCGCUUUCUUCAACGACUCCGCGCAUUUCGGUCUGGACGCUUUGGAAUUCCGUGGUUUCCCAAUUCCAGUCGACCUGACCCCCAAAAAUGAUGGACCCCUGACCCUGCUCUCCUCUCCGAGUAGGGUGACGGGCACCGCUAUAUCCGCCUCUGGAAGACACUUCAAAUUUGAGUACGACGACGUUGAGGAAAAUGGAACUGGGAAUUUCUUGCCAAAUUCGUUCAAAGGUUUGGAUUCGACCAACGAAAACACGAAUGGUGAGGAGGAAGAGGAGGAGGAGGAGAAGGAGGAGGACAUCAAUACACCUUACGAUGAACCACACGAGUACAUUCAGGUUCUCGGACUUCUGGCUCCUCCACCGGGGGUCGUCUGCGACCACGGCAUCUGUUUCGAAGACAAAGGAGGAGAAUUCCAACGAAAGUAAAUUUCUUUGGCGUUCGAAUGAGGACCCCUUUUUUCGUAUUUAUUUAUAUAUUCCACCUCUCUGCACGACUGCGUGCCUCUUGGAGGGGCAGAGUGCACUAGAAUGCAACACACGUGCACUGAAAGUCAACAAAUUUCUUACUGCAACUUACGUGCAUCAAAAUGCAAUUAACUUCUAAGCAACUGCAACUCACGUGCACCAAAAUGCAAAUUCCUCAGCAACUGCAACUUAUGUGCACAAAAAAUACAACACAUUUCUUAGCUACUGUAACUUACGUGCAUCAAAAUGCAGUUUUCUCAGCAACUGCAACUCACGUGCACUUAAAUGCAACAAAUCUCCUAGCAACUUCACUUACGUGCACCCAAAAUGUAGCAAAAUUCUCAGCAACUGUAAUUUACGUGCACCAAAAUUCAACAACUUCCUUCAUAACUGCAACUUACGUGCACAGGAUGUCAACGAUUUUCUCAGUAACUGCAAAUUACGUGCAUCAAAAUGCAAUUUUCUCGGCAACCGCAACUCACGUGCACCAAAAUUCAAUAACUUUCUUAGCUAAUGCAACUUACGACCUUUGUACAAAGCCUUACCCAUCACAUACAUAAAGUUGCGUCCUUACUACAGUAAAACGUGAUAUACAAACGUUGGUAACAUGUCGCAUACAUAUCACAAAGGUUGAAAACAAGACGACGACAAUAAGAGAAGAAUGAAAUCCUUGGCAAAUGCUGGACAAUUACGUACUACCAUUCAUUCGAAUUGUUUGCGACAUGUGUGUGACAACUUGCCGACGUGUUGAUGACCCGUCUGAUUGUAGUAGAGUGGACGAACCAGUAUGUCGUCUCACAAUAUUUAUUUAUUUAUCACUCAAGUGACUCAAGGUAUAAGACAGGAUUAAUAUAGCAUCCUAUUAAUCCUGGACCUAUGACUCAUUCAUUCUUUGUAUACAUCUGUGUUUGCCAAAAUGAUAUUUUCCCUUAUAUAAAAAGUGUCCAUCACUUGAGAACGUGCCUUGUCUCCAUUAUUUAUUGUUAUCACAACGCACUUGUUUAGCCUGCACUUGUAGCCUACGUUGGUAAAGUGUAAAAUACCGUUCAAAACACUAUCGAUCAUAAA